AUGGACGAAUAUGAAGCUUGCAUCUUAGAUCUAAAAUUGGCACUUGAUAUAGGUGUUCGUGAAUUGCUAGUCAUCGGGGAUUCAGACUUACUUAUUCAUCAGUGGGUCGAAGCUGCUUCAUAUAGAGCCGUCACUAAGAAAGUGGUUGCAGAUUUCUUCAGGAAUAGCUUGAUUUUCCAAUUUGGAGUGCCAGAAUCGAUCAUUACUGAUAAUGGGGCAAACUUGAAUAGUCACUUGAUGAAUGAGAUUUGUGAUCAAUUUAAAAUAGUGCAUCGCAACUCGACCGCGUACCGUCCACAGAUGAAUGGAGCUGUGGAAGAUGCCAAUAAGAACAUCAAGAAGAUCUUUAGAAGGAUGAUCGAAAAUGAUAGAUUAUGGCAUGAGAUAUUGCCUUACGCUUUGCUAGGGUAUCGCACAGUAGUUCGAACCUCCACCGGGGCGACCCCUUAUCUAGUGGUUUAUGGGAAUAAAGCUGUGAUACCUGCUAAGGUUGAAAUACCUUCUCUGAGGAUUAUUCAGGAAGUCGGAUUAAGUAAUGAAGAAUGGGGAUCGAUACACAAAAAUGAGCAAUUCUUUCGAAAAAUUUCCAAGCAAGUCGGGAGCCAUGCCAAAGCAUAUAAUGCUUAA